CAAUAUCAAUUUGAAGACUGAAAAGUCACACUGCGAAGAACACUGUAUGAACACAGCAUUAAAAGUUGAAUUCAGAUAUGGAAGCACAACUUGUUGUCUUUGACAUAAAAGAGAACACAAGCACAAGUAUUUGACAAAUCCAUUUGAACCAAUGGGCGUGACCACCAUAUGCUGCUUCCUUUGAGCCACUUCUCUUUCUGUAUUUCUCAUCAUUUCAGGGCAACGUCCAGUACUCUAUAGGAAGCUCUUUCUCCCUUCAAUAUUUUCUUCAUCUUUUCACUACAGAGAAGCAUCCAUGGCAGGCAUGAGCAGUGAGAUUUCAACACGGAGGCUGGAGGGAAAAUCUGCUGCAAUAGUGGUUUGUUGGCUUCUCGGAAAUGGAUGCCUUUUUUCAUGGAAUAGUAUGCUGACAAUAGAAGAUUACUACAGUUACUUGUUUCCAAAAUAUCAUUCAUCUAGGGUUCUUACACUUGUAUAUCAGCCAUUUGCUGUUGGAACACUUGCGAUACUUGCGUAUAAUGAGGCAAAACUCAAUACACGAAUUCGGAAUAUGUUUGGAUAUAUACUUUUUUUCAUAAGCACGCUGUUGGUGUUAAUUGUGAAUUCGGCAACAUCUGGUAAAGGGGGGCUUGGAAUAUUCCUUGCUAUAUGUGCACUAAGUGGUGCUUUUGGAGUAGCAGAUGCUCAUGUUCAAGGUGGAAUGGUGGGAGACCUGUCCUACAUGCAACCAGAGUUCAUUCAGUCAUUCCUUGCUGGUUUGGCAGCAUCUGGUGUAUUAACCUCUGCUUUGAGGUUAAUUACAAAAGCUGCAUUCGAUCAUUCUAGUGACGGUCUCCGCAAAGGAGCAAUUCUUUUCUUUGCCAUAUCAACAUUCUUUGAGCUCCUAUGUGUUGUUCUCUAUGCAUUUAUAUUUCCUAAACUACCAAUUGUGAAGUACUACCGUUCAAAGGCAGCAUCAGAAGGAUCCAAAACUGUAUCAGCUGACCUUGCAGCAGGUGGCAUCCGGACAUUACCUGGAACAGACGAGGAAAAUGCAAAAGAUCCAGAGCGGAAGGGAAACAAGCAAUUGUUAUUGGAAAACAUUGAUUAUGCACUUGAUAUGUUCCUAAUUUAUGUGCUAACACUGUCUAUUUUCCCUGGAUUCCUCUCGGAAGAUACAGGAUCACAUAGUUUGGGUACAUGGUAUGCUCUCGUCUUAAUUGCUAUGUAUAAUGUGUUCGAUCUGAUAGGAAGAUACAUUCCACUGAUGAAAUGCUUGAAAUUGGAGUCCCGAAAGUUGAUCACAAUAGCUACUCUUAGCCGUUUCUUACUUAUUCCAGCAUUUUAUUUCACAGCAAAGUACGGUGACCAAGGUUGGAUGAUAACGUUAACAUCCUUCUUGGGGCUGUCCAAUGGUUAUCUCACUGUAUGUGUCCUAACAUCUGCACCAAAAGGUUACAAGGGUCCAGAACAAAAUGCCCUGGGAAACAUAUUGGUGUUGUUUCUUCUUGGAGGUAUCUUUGCAGGAGUGACACUUGACUGGCUAUGGUUGAUAGGUAAAGGAUGGUGAGAUGAGGAGAUCCAAUUCACUCCAGAUUACAGGAAUGGUUCUCAAGAGUUCGUUCCUAGUAAAGCAUUAUAAGUGUAUUCAUAUUCUGUUUUUUAAUACUUUAAAUUAAUGAAUUGGUUAAUUUGGUUGUUUGAUUCCUCA